CUACCUAUUAUCGAUUCUUCUUCACGGUGACCAUCCUCAAACCAUCAGAUCUCAACCACUACACUUCCCAAACCCACGUCGACGCCAUGCCAGAGGUUAAGAGGGAAACCGUCGUCGACGAGAAGCACACCAAGACCGUCGAGUAUGGAGGUGCCAGUAACGGGCAACCUGCCCCUAAACCUCCACCAGAGAGUGUGCCUAAAAGUCUGCCCCAUCACACCCAAGAAUCAAAACACAACCAUAAUCCAAUCUACAAUCGAGUUAUGUCGGGCGCAAUCUUCGUUGCUUCUCCUCCCAAUUCAGCAAAGUUGGAUUUCCCUUCUGCCGCUGCCUCUAUAGGCCCAAUUGGGAAUCCAGCUGCAGCUCUGGCAGGCUUUACUCUAAACGCUGCAUCUGUGCUGCUCCGAGAGGCGCAAGCGGGGAAGCAAAUGUCAGUAGUGGCACCUGUCGGAACGCUUGAGCGAGCCAUUCUUGCGGAAGCCGCGUUUCGAGUCGUGGAGAGACUUGACCUGGACGCACCCUAUAAUCAGCAGGUCGAGGAUGCCAUGAAACACCACAUCGACACAAUCGGCAUCAAGGUUGCGGCCGCGGCUCCUAUUGUCAUGGACUCGAUCAUGGAACCAGUUCUCCGAAUCGUGCUGGACCAAUUGAAGCGGCCUUGUGCCAAAGGUCACAACUGCCAUCAGGGCACCUCGUUCGAUGACCAUUACUGGAAAAACUCUCAAAUUUCUAUUCCCACGGCAAGCCCUUUGAGCAACCAGCUUAUGACCAGCUUCAAACAAGCAUACAAGGACGCGCCUACACCCGCUGAAAGCCAAGAGGAAUUCCUAUGGGGCCUGGCUGGGCCCUUGAUUGGUGCUGCCGGCAACCUACUCGGCGGUCUUUUGAAGGGGAAGAAUAAGGCAGAAAGCAGUAUGGCCGGAGAGGGAGAUGAGGAGGGCAUAUUCAGCCGUAUACCGUGGAAUACACUCGGCAAACUUGGCGGUGCGGCUUUGAGAAAGGGAGUGGAUAUUCUGGACAAGAGAAAUGCAGCCAAAAAAGCAGCAGCCGGGGGCACUGAAAGCGAGAUGGGCGGCGACGAAGAAUUGUUUGGGAUCAGGAUCCCGAUCCUCAGCGACCUUCUGGGCGAGAGCGCUAUGGCCGAAAGCGAAACGGGCGGCGAAGAGUUGUUUGGAAUCAGAAUUCCGAUCAUUAGCGAUCUUCUGGGCGAGAGCGCUAUGGCCGAAAGCGAAACGGGAGGCGAAGAGUUGUUUGGUUUCAGGAUCCCCAUCAUUAGCGAUAUUCUGGGCGAAAGCACCAUGGUCAGCGAGACCAAGAACUCCAGAGUCUCCUCCCACGGUAAAACCAGCCUACCUACCGGUAGCAUCGGGGGAGAUCUUGUACGCAGGGCCAUCGCAGGGGAGGCUGCCCUACAAGCCUUUUUGGAGCUUCCCGUCGAAGUGCUCGAAGAUGAGGGGAUCAUGGAGGGGCUUGCGACGUUCGUGAAGGAUAUCGCGCCAGGACUUCCCAAGUACACGAUACCGGCGAUGAAGAAUCUUGCUCCCAAGAUCCGAUCCAUGGUUGUCAACAAAGCUGGAAAAGGCGGCCAAAAGAAACUGAAUGGGGCUCCUCCCAACGGCACUCCAUCUCAGCACAAUUCAAGCUUGAAAAAGAGGAAGAGCUUGCUCCUUCCUGGUGGCUAUAGCCACACUGCGAGCAAGUUUGUCAACCAGUCUUCACCACAGGAGGUCUGAUGAGCUGUUCCGGUCUCCAAAUCUCUCCUCUGACUAUUCCGUUAGGAUGCCACGGACAACUCUGUGAGACCCCAAAGCGACUUCAUCAGCCUCUGAGGCACGACAAUACCUUGGUGGGUCUGGUUUCAUGACAGUACUGCCCAGCCGACUUUUGAAGUUAACCUGAAAGAAGAGCGGAGAGAGGGGACCAUGAACAGAAAGUUCAGAUCAAAUGAUUAGAAGCGCCACUCAUUAUUACAAACUCACUGUCAUUACUGUAUUUUUCACCAUGCUAGCUAGUUUAUAGUCUGUAGAUAGCCCAGUCCUUUCUGCCUG